GUUCAGCGUGGUCAACUGAGUCUUCACUGGAAAAUAUUUUGUUGAUCCAUUUUAGAAACAUUUCAAAAGAAUAGAAAUGUUUUAUUUGUUUUCAGAAAUGGUUUUCAUACUUUUGUUUUUGUGUGGUGCUGCUAUAGUGAAUGGUGUCCCGCUUAGUCCAAAUGUCCAAAACCCUUUGCUGUUACACAAAGGAAAUCCUCCAAGAGGUCAGAAUGUUGAAGCUACAAACCAGAAAUCUGAAGCUCAGAUGGCAGAUCCUCUUUCGCCCACCUUGGAUCAAACACAUCCCGGGAUUCCCCAGCAACCAGACCUCCAGACCUCAUUACAACAUUACGCCAUGCUUGCUCAGGGGGGCGGUCCGGUGAUCUUCUCUCUGCCUCAGAGUGUCUACACAUCCCGUCCUGGCAACCAGCUGACCCUGGCGCAGCAGCCUCUAAUUUUUCCAGCUUAUGGAUUCAUGCCACUGUUCCCCUCACCCACUAGCAAUCAGAUGUUCUCUCCAUUUGGAUUCCCAAUGGUCCCCCAAACUCUGACUCAGCAGCUCCUGAACAGUCCGGUGUUACCCUUAGAAACUGCCGCAGUGGCAGCUGGACCUGUAGCAGCAGCUGGACCUGUGGCAGCAGCUGGACCUGUGGCAGCAGCUGGACCUGCAGCAGCAGCUGGACCUGCUGCACCAGCUGGAUCUGCAGCGGCUUCACCUCAGCAAAUCCAGAACCAGAAUCCCCAGGUUGUAUACAUGCUGCAACAACCCAUGAGCCCUUCACUCGGCGGUCUUAGCUCGGAGGAACUUCAGGCUGCAGCUAAAAUGAGCCAGCUGGGUGUGUACGUGCCCUCUGUGCUCACAAACCUGCCUGCAGGUGCAGCAGCUCUUCAGCCUGAGAGCCAAGCAGCUGGACUCAAAAACCCAGAUCAGCAGGCUGCCGGACAAACAGCUGGAGUCCCACCGUCACAGGGACUGCCUUGCUCUGGAGCACAGCCGAAUGCUAACAGCUUCCCAGCAGGCCUGGAGCGAGCAGCGCCGGAGGCAGCCACAAUCCCAGCACCUGGUUGGCCCAAACUAAAGCCAGCACGGGGGAACCACGUUUGAAACUGCAGCAGCAGUUGUAGUCAUGGGGAAACUAAACUCAUCUUUAUCAUAAAACAUGGACUAACCAAGCACUAGUGGAGUUUCUUUACUAUAUAUUUCAUUAUUUUUGUCAUUUUUGCUUUUUGAUGAAUGAAAAAUAAAACUAUAACCA